UACCUUCACUUUUACAACUAGUUCAUACACAAAAGUAUGAAAGGUAUUUUUCUCUCUUAGGACAUUUUAGAGUCAUGAAUCACCUCCCCGCAGUACAAUGGCCAGGUGACCACAUCUGUCAUGUGACUCCGCCCUGUUGGUACCAGGAGGCGCAGCAGUCACAGGGGCUGCUUCACACUUAUUCCUGCUCUCCUCGGGAGCUGAGCGCCAUGGGUGACGUUUACCAGCACCCGGUUUUCUUUGAGUGCCGCGGCCCCCUGGGGGAGCGCGCGAAGACGAUUCGGAGAUAUUUCAGCGUGCGCCGCAAAUCGGGCGGAGGAGACUGCGGGCCGCUGGAGAGGCUGAACGAGAGCACCUACAGCGUUAAGUUCACGGACCAAAGAGAUCAGCAGGAGGUCCUGAGUAGAUCGGAGCAUGCCGUGGACGGUUUAGUGUUGUCCGUUCGAGGCAGCCUGGAGCCUGGAGCCUCCUCUCCGAGCCGGGAACUUACAGAUCAACCACAGAGCCCACCAUGCCUUUCUUCGCCUAGUGAGGAGGAAUAUGAACUGCGACUUGAUUCUCACCUGCUACGUUAUCUGAACGAGUGCCCCCACGCUAAGAAAGAACUCGAUAAGGGACUCACCUCUGUGGCCUGUUCGGCCCAGCUGUACCCAGAGGAGGACAGGGUUCUAGUUAGCCGGUUAGCUCAAGCUGGUGCUGCAGUCAGUAACUGGAGAGCCGAGGUAGACAAGCUCUUUGGUGGCUACCUGUGCCACUAUGAGGCGGACCCUCACAAGGUUAAAGCCCUGCUUCAGCCCUGCAGCACUCGUCAGGCCACAAGUGAGGUGAAGAUGUACAGCGACGUUGGGAUGGUCAUUGUGGUUGGGGAGCGUUCUCAAGUCAACGCCAGGUUGAUGGAUAUUAACGACUCGCAUGUUAAGCGACGGUCAGGUCACGUGAAGCAAAAGAGGACCUGUCGACUGGGUGAGGCCAAGCUCCGCCUCCUCUGGAAAGAGAUUGAGCAAAGAUUGCGACAAGAUAUUCCCGAAGUGAAGGUCACGCAGGAAGCUGCAGGUCAAAUAGUUUUGGAAGGUUCUGUUGAGGAGAUUCUUAAGGCUGGAGAUUGUAUCUCUCAGCACGAGAAACUUGUUUUAGAAAGGACCAUUUCUGACAUGAGCCCACUUCUAUUGGCAUUCUUAAGAAAGGCAUACAGUGGCCCGGAUGAGCUACGGGACUUUUUAGGGGUUGGUGGUAAGGUGGAAAUGGAAAUACGAGACACAGAGGUUCGUUUCUUAUCUCUAUUCACUGAGGAUCUUGAUGAAUCUGUAAAAGCACUGCAAGCUCAGAUCAAGGAAGUAAAAAUGGAUGUCCCUAACUGCUCCACUGUGCCACCGGAUCUUCUUGAAAAGCUAAAGUCCAUAUCAUUUGAUAUGAACCAGGGCCAAUACAGGGCUCAGGUAGUCUUUGGCCCAGGGAGCACAUUGUGGCUACUGGGCCACACCAAAGAGGUCGACGAGCUAAGGGAAGUUUUCAUACAGUCUUUGGACGACUCCAGUAAUAAAAGCAUAGUCCAUCUGCCUUUCCCAGAUUUAGCAGAAAAUUUGCCAGAAUUGCUGCAGGCGUAUGAUAUUGACUGUACAGGGGUUACCUUUACUCCCAGAACAUCUUCCUCUGGAUCCACGGUGGUGCUGCAAGGUCCAUCCUGCAAAGUGACCGAGAUCAGAAACUGUCUAGAAAUAGUUGUGGACUCACAUUUUGAAGACCAUCCAAGUUUAGGUGAAGUAAACACAACAGUUGCUAGCUACAGCCUUCCUGAUGGGUUCCAGGUGCUGGUGCGUCAGGGUGACAUCACCAAACAGGAAGCUGAUGUCCUGGUGAACGCUGCCAAUGAAGAUCUGGAGCACACCGGAGGGGUCGCUGCUGCUUUAAGUAAAGCAGGUGGCCCUGAGGUGCAGACGGAGUGCAGAGCUAUAGUGAAGCAGUGGGGAAAAGUUCCUACAGGUGAUGUAGUGGUGACCACAGGGGGGAAUUUAAAAUGCAAAAGUCUGAUGCAUGCUGUUGGGCCUGUGGGAGGAAAAUCAGGUGGCCGAGAGAGGAUCUUCCUGGAAACAGCUAUCCUGUCUGCUCUGAAUUCAGCAGAGUUGAUGGGGUCCAGGUCAAUAGCCAUCCCGUGCAUCAGCUCAGGUGUGUUUGGUGUACCUGUCGCAUUGUGCUCUGAUGCUAUUGUAACUGCUGUUAAGAAGUUUGGCAGUCAGGGAGGGCAAAGCUUGAGUAAAAUCAUUCUGAUUGAUACCAGAGUAGAGGUGGUUAGGGCUAUGCAGGAAGCAUGUGACCGUCAUCUCCACGGGAUGAGUAGCGAAAGCAAGGUACCCAAAGAUCCGGGGUUUCAAAUAGGAGCCACUGCUGGAGCUCCUGAAAAUGGCGACCUUGUGGAGAUCGUUCAGGGAUCUGAGGAGACCCAGCAGGCCUUCAGUUAUGUCCAGGAAGCUUUGCAACUCAAAAGAUUGGCAAAAGAUGUUCCUCAACGCGACCAAGUGUCAAAUACAAGAAGGAUCGUCGUGCUGGGGAAAACUGGAUACGGGAAAAGCCACCUAGCUAACACCAUUUUUGGAGCAAACGUCUUCAAAACAGACCAUUCUCCCAACUCUGGAACAAUUGAAUGUCAAGCAGAAACCCAAUCUGUCAACGGUGUAAGCACCACUUUGAUCGACACUCCUGGUUUCUUCGACACAGUAAAGCCUGAGGAGAUGCUGAAGGCUGAGAUAGUGAAGUGCAUCACGGAGUGCGCUCCCGGGCCCCACGCCUUUCUCAUCGUGCUGAAAGUGGAAAAAUUCACAGAGCACGAGCUUGCCGUCACCAAGAAAAUAUGCCAAUAUUUCACCGAAGAGGUUUUGAAAUAUGCCGUGAUUGUCUUCACGCAUGGCAACGACCUCCCCAAAGGGACGACCAUCGCGCAGUUCGUCCGUCAGAAUGAGAGUCUGAGAGAUCUGGUGGAGAAGUGCGGCGGCCGGUGCCACGUCGUCGACAAUAAACACUGGUCGAACAAACAGCAGAACAACUACAGGAGCAACCAGGCCCGAGUGGAGGACCUGCUCAACACAAUAGACGAGAUGGUGACGCAAAACAAUGGAGGCCACUACACCAACGAGAUGUUUGAGGUGGUGGAGAAAGAGAUCCAGGUAGAGGAACACCGCAUACAACAAAAACUGUCUGGAUACAUGCCGCAGGAAGAGAUCAGGAAGCAGGCAAAAGCCAGAGUGAAUGAGAGGCUCCUGAUCCAGCUGGCGGGCACAGCAACAGGAGCACUGUUGGGAGCUUUUUUUGGAUUGGCAGUGAUGGCCCAAUUGGUUGGCGAACCUGUAAAAAAACAUUCAAAUCUUAUAGAAAUGGUUUCAGCACUAAGUGGUCGAGUACCACUGGCAGGCCAAGCGGUGCCCCGUGUUGUCGCCGCGGCAGUAGGGGGAUAUUUGGGUAUGAAAGCAGCAGAGGGAGCCAAAACACCAUAUGAGGCAGCAGCUAUGGCAGCAAAAGCUAUUUCAGAGAGGCGUUCAGCCCAUUCCACAUAGUAAGAGGUGUGUUUCUGGCCCCCUGGCAAAUGUUUAUCCAAAAUUCAUUCCAUUUAUUUGUUUUUUUGUCUAGACCAAGUCUUGAUCUCCGCGCGGAACUCCAUGGUCAUGGGAUGAUUCUCUGUGGGUUCGACAGGACGACCGGACAAUUAAUCCUUUGUCAAUAAAACAAUUUUUUUUCAGUGUAUCUUGAACUAAAGGGGAAAAGUAUUGGCACCGAGAAGAAAGUCAAACAAGUGAGGCAGUGAUUCUGAAAAAGGUGGAGGGAAAUUUUUAUUCUAAAAAGUUUAACCUGUGUAAUUACUACUUUAAGAAUUUGCCAAAAUUUUUUUUGAUAUGUAAGAUGAUUGGGCUCAGAUGUAUAUGUUGCUAUUGUGUUUAGU